CUCCUAAAAGCAGAGCUCUCUGGCUAUGUCCGAGCCAGCUCUGGGGUCACUCAGCCCCAUGACUAGCCCUGCAGCCCUACUGAAUAUAGUGGCCUGUGUGCAUCUGACCCCAAAGCCCUGGCCAUGCUCCCAGCCAGGCCCCAUAAUGUGUCUUUUCCUGGCUGAGAUCUGCGUGAAGCCCGGCGCCCGGCCAGCCAGCGAGCACGUGCCCCCCAACUCAUCAGACAGCGGCUGGCAUCACUGUGUUGACAGGUCAUGUCUGUGGGGUGGGAAGGAAGCCCCUUCUCAUUACCGAAGACACCAGACGGCCCCUGGCCCCAUCACUGCUUCUGAACAUCAGCAGAACGGAAAGACCUGCAAAACACCAAGAGAGGGCAGCGGCGCGAGGGCCAGCAUCCCAGCGGGAGCCCGCAUUUAUUUUUCUGUUGACCACCCAGAUGUGGUGCCAUACACGGCAACCAAGCCCGGAACAGCCGACCAGGCUCUGGGCGCGGAUCUCCCGACCAGAGGCAAAAAGCAGAGAUCCCUGGCUCUCAGCCCCAUACACUGUCCCUCUUCAGUCAGUGGAAGUGCUCUGGGUGAGGAUGCGCACCACCGACAGAAGGAGGGUUGGAAUGGACCCCCAGGUUGCUUGGCGAUUGCGAUGCCUUCUGUGGGGCACAUGGUGCAGGUCGAGGCUGGGAGAGAUCCUGCCCCCCACGCCUCCACUCCGCUGCUCUUCAGGGAUGGACGCCACAAGCCCCAUCUGUUCCAAAGCCAAGAGGACGCAUUGCUUUAAUUACAAGGGCAGGCUGCCUGUGCUCUGCCAGCCGCAAUCCGGGAAAGGGGAGGGUGGGCAGGCGAUGGGAGAGGUGGCAGAAGGAGAUCUCCCCGGGGCCCCUCAUGUCCUGACCUGUGCAGGGGGGAAGCCCCUGAUCUCCAACUUCCUCCUGGCGUCCUGCAAAGGACGGUGUUCUUGUGCAUCCACAAGACAGGGGCCGAGCUGGAUGAGCCGGGCCAGUUUCUGACACACACCCACAAACUGGAGGGACACCCAUCGAGAGGGGAGCUCAGUCUCCGUCGCCCGUGCAAUCCGUGGCCCCUCUGAGGCUGCCAGGGGGUGGGGGUGAUGAUUGUACCGAUGGACAUGUGAACGCCGCACUCCUAGCUGGGCUGCGACCUUCCGGGUCCCGUCGCCUGGGCCCGUCCCUCCUGUCAAGCCUGGGCCAGGAGCCCGGUCUAGCUUCUGAGCUCACGCGUCCAAGCAGCCUCCCCUCCUGCCAUCACAGCCGCCUUUCUUCCGGCCAAAGGGGCAUGGACCGGACUCCCUGCCCAGCUCACCCCUGCUGCUCUGUAGUAGAGAGACACGGGGUGUCCUUAUUCCUCCUUGUCCGUUCUCCGCCCCCGGGGCUGGGCUCCAUGCCUCCACACCCCCACAAGGCCCCCCGGCGCUCUGCUAGGCAAGUGCCCUUUAAUGUAUUUGCAAGGCCAGCCGAGCCUAUGCGGCUGAGUUUUCUCUGCUGAGCCUGGAGAGGCUCAUCCCUUUGCAGCCAGCCUCCUUCCCCGGGCCGGCCAAGGGCACCACCUAGACUUCCGAAAGCAGCCCGGAGAACAGGCUGGGUCACAACCAAGGACUAAUUUGACCCCCCGGUGGCCCAAAGCAACUAAUUCCUCCUGCGUUCCCCAGAGCCUGCAUGCAUGCUGCCCGCCUCGGCCUCUGCACAACGGCAGCCAGGCAUACGGGGCGCCACCCGGUGGACGAAGAGCCUCCAGCGCAGGCUGCUUCUCAGCUGGGCACAGGGGGGUGUUUGGCUCCUCUCUCCCGCUGUUGCACAGGAGGGAAGCACAGACCCCCAGAGAGGCAGGGCCUGAUUUCUUUCCAGGGUUGGGCAAGGGGCUUCAGUGCCAUGCCAGCGCGGGGCGGAGCUGGUGACAGAGCCUGGGGUGUUUCCCAGCCCAAGGGAGCUCUCUCCCCUCGGCCCCGGUCGUGCUAACUCCGCAGGUGUAAUUCAGGCCCCAUGAGCUCCACCAUGCCAGGGCAAAGUGGCCACAGGACAGCCACAAGGCCCCUGAGCUUACCCGCCUCCCCAGCAGAUGCAGAGCUGGGUCUAUGCCUCUCCCCAGGCAGGAGGGCCUGGCAUAGGAGUUAUGCCAGCAGCAGGUGU